AUGGAGAAAGACGGCCACACCAACGAUGUCAUGGUUGCGGCUUGGAACAAGGCGAAGUCCAUGCCUGUCUUCGAAAUCCGCGCGAAGCCUGAGGUGGUGGGCCACGUGGACAGAGACCUCCCCAUCAAACAGUGGAGCUACUCGGCGAGGCGCCCCAUCAAGGGCUUCAUCGACGUCAUCACGAGCAAGGAAGACCUCUCGGGCGUCAACUGGGACGCUGUCAAGGAGGCAAUGGCUGAGGGGCGGUACGACGCCAUGCCCCCACCCCUCGGCAUUUCUGGUGCAGGCCAGAGCGACGCCCCUUGCGUGAUGAGCAUGCAUGUGUCGAAGUCCUUGCCAGACGGCGACUGCACGGUUGUGAAGGUGUUCGCUUUCCUUGGCGGUGGCGAGCCGAUGGCGGCGGUCCUCGAGAGGAUUGUCGUAAGCGACCCGUGCGUCUUGGACUACCGCCCCGAUACCUUCAACGCGGUUCGGACGUUGCAGGUGCUGCUGGAGGACAUGGGCGGGUUGUUGUUCCGCUACUGGCAGCUGCCGAAGGCCAAGGUAGUUGCGGACGCCGACCCGAGCGAGGUCGCGGAGAAGAAGGCUGCUCUGGACAAAGCGUGGGACUUCGUGCAGGCGGAGGCCCCCCGGGGAAAUUCUGACGGUCAGAAGCUGUUGUGGGUGGAAUACCAAUUCGUGGACCCUGAAUCGCCUUUGUACAACAUGAAGCGGGGGCUCGGGAACAGCCUUCUGAAGUGCAUCGCAGACCGUGACCACUUCGCCGUCAAGGAGGACUACUAUCCUCUCCUGAAGUCUGACAUCCGCAAGGAAUACCAGCCGAUGGCAAACAGGAUCUUGCUGGCGCUGGCGGGCAACACGCUGCUCACGAUAGGGGAGGCUGGCUUCGGGAAGACGCCGUUCAUGUAUAUCCUCGCCAUGGCGACUGCGAGGCACAAUGCAGACGUCGCUAAUGAACGCCGCCCAGGUCGUGCCACGGCUGCUGUGCGGGUUUCCGCAGAGAUGGACUUCUUCCGCGGGGAGGUCGGGGGGCCUUGGGCGCCGUGCAUCUUCGAUGACGGCGACCUCGCGGAUCAGCGGCCUCGCGUCCUCAAGGCUUUCCUUGACCCCACGCAGGCUGAGGCCAUGACCUACGCGCGCUGGGGGGCCGCGAAGUUCUGCAAUUCGAGCGCUGCACCAACUGCCGAGCAGUGGGCGCUCGCGGCGACGGCACCCGAUGCUGCGAAGCGGACUACUGGCAUCUUGGUGGACAUGAUUCGGCCCGCCUCCCCAAAGGGCAUGUCCGGGAUCAUCGUAGGGGCCAUGCUCAAGCGGUGCAAUGUCGCCCUCAACGCAAAGGAAGAUUUCUUCUUCAGGCCCGCUGGCAAGGACUCGGUCGUUGAGAAGCUGCCCCUCAUGAGCAGCUACAUCACGGCCGAGGCGGGCAAGAUCCUGACGCGGUUCCUCAAGCACAAGAAGCGCCGCGACCAGGAGGAGCACGACAGGCUCCUCGCCUUCGAGAAGAAGGAGGUGCUCAAGCUCAUGGCUGCGUCGCGCGCAGCAGCGGGCGCGGGCGACGGUGGCGAGGAUGGCGCCGAUGGCGCCGCCGCCGCCGCGAGCAGCGCCCCAGCCGGCGCCGCGGCGCCGCGGGAGGCAGGCGCGGCGGGCGGCGCGGAGACCGCGCCCAACGACGGCGGGAUGUCCGACCGCGGCGGCGGCGCCGACGCGUGGGCCGACCCCGCGGACGAGGAGGGCGUGUUCGGCUUCGGCGGCGACAUGCGGGGGCCCGAGUUGUCGCCCCCCAAAAAGCUGACGGCCGCGCGGGACGCCCACGUGAGGGAGAUCAUCAACUCCGAGGCCAAAGUGCUUAUGAUGGUGCCGUGGCAGGCGGGUGCUGCUCCUGGAUCGAGCGGCGACGCGAGUGCGCCGAGUGGCGCGGCUGCGCCCGCGGACGCCGCGCCCGCCGUGCAGCCCCCGAUCGUCGGCUGCCACGGCGCGCUCUCGGAAGAGGACCAUCGGGAGCAGGUGGCGAUCUUCCGCGGCCUCGCCAAGACCCACCACGGCGCGCACGAGGACCUGGUCACUCCGCCGCGGAAGACCAGGAGGACGGGUCUGGCCUGCGGCGGGCCGCUCUCCCCCGUGGACAUCCAGGAGCAGCAGGCGAUUUUCGCAUCCAUUGUGGCGCAGGCGCACGGCGAGACCAUCGAGGUUGCCGACGAUAGCGUCGACUUGGAAGCCGAAUUGAAGACGCUCCUCGAUGGCGUCGAGGCGGAGCGCGUUGGCGGCGCGAGCGAGCUUCCAGGUGACCUUACGGACUGA